AUGGGAUUUCGUAGUUUAUUGCCUAAAAGUUUUUUUCAUACUCCAGUAGAAAGAUCUGUUGCACAGAGAAAUGACUACUAUUCAUAUCCAUCUACAUAUGAUAUGAUGUCACCUUUCUACGAAAUUGAAAGAUUCUUUGAAGAAGUUGAAAGAAGAUUUUUUCAACCAAUGUGGACUAGCAAUGAUUUUAGAGAAAUGUUUAAACUUGGUAGUUCAAAUGAAGAAUUGAAAGUAACUGAUGACUAUAUAUCCCUUAAAAUGGAUGUUUCCCAAUUCCAUCCAAAUGAAUUGAGAGUUAACAUUGCCGAUGGCUAUAUUGUUAUUGAAGGAAGACAUCAAGAGAUGUAUAAUAGACAUGGAAUGAUGCAACGAGCAUUUAUAAGAAGGUAUGUUUUACCUUCUAAUGUUAGAGAAGAAGAUGUUGUCUCUGAUCUCUCUAAAGAUGGCAUUCUUACCAUCACAGGUAAAAAGACUCCAUCAAUUGAAGGAAAAAAAAGAAGAAAUAUCCCAAUUGAAUACAAAUAA